AUGUUCAAGAAAUCAGCUAAUGAUAUUGUUGUUAUUGCAGCAAAGAGAACUCCAAUCACCAAGUCAAUUAAAGGUGGGUUGAGUAGAUUAUUUCCUGAGGAAAUAUUAUAUCAAGUGGUUAAGGGUACUGUAUCAGAUUCACAAGUUGAUUUAAACUUGAUUGAUGAUGUGUUAGUCGGUACGGUCUUGCAAACUUUAGGGGGACAGAAAGCUAGUGCCUUGGCCAUUAAAAAGAUUGGAUUCCCAAUUAAGACCACGGUUAAUACGGUCAAUCGUCAAUGUGCUAGUUCUGCUCAAGCGAUUACUUAUCAAGCAGGUAGUUUGCGUAGUGGGGAGAAUCAAUUUGCUAUUGCUGCUGGAGUAGAAAGUAUGACUCAUGAUUAUUUUCCUCAUCGUGGGAUUCCCACAAGAAUUUCUGAAUCAUUUUUAGCUGAUGCAUCCGAUGAAGCUAAAAACGUCUUGAUGCCAAUGGGGAUAACCAGUGAAAAUGUUGCCACUAAAUAUGGAAUUUCUCGUAAACAACAAGAUGAGUUUGCCCUUAAUUCUCAUUUGAAAGCAGACAAGGCUACAAAACUGGGUCAUUUUGCAAAAGAAAUCAUUCCUAUUCAAACAACGGAUGAAAACAACCAACACGUUUCAAUAACCAAAGAUGAUGGUAUAAGGGGAAGUUCAACAAUUGAAAAGUUGGGUGGCUUAAAACCUGUGUUCAAGGAUGAUGGGACUACUACUGCUGGUAAUUCCUCGCAAAUUUCAGAUGGAGGGUCUGCUGUGAUUUUAACUACUCGUCAAAAUGCUGAGAAAUCGGGAGUAAAGCCAAUAGCUAGAUUUAUUGGUUCGUCAGUAGCUGGUGUUCCUUCGGGACUUAUGGGAAUUGGUCCAUCGGCUGCUAUUCCUCAAUUGUUGUCGAGAUUAAAUGUUGACACGAAAGACAUUGAUAUUUUUGAAUUGAACGAGGCAUUUGCAUCCCAACUGAUUUAUUGUAUUGAAAAAUUGGGUCUUGAUUAUGAUAAAGUCAAUCCAUAUGGUGGAGCUAUAGCCUUGGGACAUCCAUUAGGAGCCACUGGCGCAAGAGUUACGGCAACGUUGCUUAAUGGAUUAAAAGAUCAGAAUAAAGAGUUGGGUGUCAUCUCAAUGUGCACAUCCACAGGUCAAGGAUACGCUGCCUUGUUUGCUAACGAGUAG